UGGCCGCCGAGCCGCUCGUCUUCCCCUUCUCUCCGAUCUCCCACUCAAACUCAAACCCCUCCUCUCCGUCUCGCCGGCGACGAGCGCUGCCGGCUAGGGUUUCGUGUUCCGCCACCCGGCGGAGCCAAUGGCCGCAUCCGGCUUCGGCCGCGAAGCCGGGCCCUCCACCCGCGGCCCGGGCACCGCCUUCCCUGCUUUCGGCGUCGGCGCCGCCACCCAGACUGCCACCGCCCCUUCUGCCGCAACUCCAUCCUUCCCCUUGGUUCGCCCCGCCACCCCGUCCAUCCCCUCGGUUCGCCCGACCUCCCCGUCCUUCCCCUCUGCCCGCCCGGUUUCCCCUUCCUUCCCAUCCGCUCGCUCGACCAACCCUCCUGCCGCCGCCACCCCGCACUUCCCGAGCCCUCGGCCCCAGCUCGCGACCGCGGCUACAGCCUCUCGCCCUGCUACUACCCCGGCCAUGCCCAUGCCCGUACCCUCAGCGCGCCCGGCAGCUGCUCCCGGCGCUUCUGCUUCCGCGCGUUUCCCGAGCCCUCGCCCCACGCUCGACCCAGGCGCGGUUGCCGCCACUGGUCGCUACGUCGCUCGGCAUCUUCAGCCCCAGCCGAGGCCAGCCACACCAUCAGUAAGUAGGCAGGUGGAUCCUUUUAUUUCCUCAAGAAGCAGGGCCCUAUCAGCUGUAUCAAAUCUGCGUGCGGAUUCCCCUGCAGAUUACGGUAGUGGUACGGGACAAAGAAGGUUGGUGAACUAUGCAGAUCCAUUAUUUGAAAAUGGAAGUUUACAAUCUUCAGAGCAAUUGAGGAUAGAACCUUCAGAGCAAAUGAGGUUGAACACUUCAGCCAGAUCACCACUGUCAAACAUUGGCAGCAAGUUUAUACCUCCAUUGAACUUUCAAGAUCAUCAUCCUGCGCAGAUUGCUGAUCCUCGUGAUAGUUUAUUCACUGGUCCAUUGCAAAAUCGAUCGUUGGAUCAUAACAUUUCAAAAAGGUCGAGGUCACCUACUUUGUCCUAUCAGGAUGUUGAUGGCACGGAAGCUCGUAUUGAUACUAGUGGAAAUUCUAGAAGACUGGUUGACUAUACAGAUACCCUCAUCGGUGAUGAAAAUGUUGAAACCUCAAAAAGGAUGAGACCGCCUGCAUCAGAGUUCACACGCACGAUCAAAUCGCCGCCAUCAGAUAUCAGAGACAACAUUAGGUCAUCACCCAACUCAGCCCAGAAUCUUCGUGCACAUGCCGAUGUCCAGAAGUCUAAUACAUCCAUUCCCAAGUUCAGAAAUCAAAUACAAUCGCACAUUGGUGGCGCACGUUCGCCACCACAUCAGAUGUCUAGUCUUUUGGACGACUCCAACAAACUUAACACAUCUGCUGUUUCUCCACCAAAGCCAUCUAUCCUUAGUGCUACCAGAAGAAUGGGGACCUCUCCUUUGGAUGCCAGUGAUGAUGAUCACUCUACCCCUUCGACUGAACUUGAGAGGGAGAAACAAGCAAAAGCCAAGCGGCUCGCUCGUUUCCAUGUUGAAUUAAGCAGGCCAGUGGAAAAUACAAAUGACUUUGUAAAAACACUCAAAGGCUCUACAGAUAAGCCCAAACAAGCCACAUCAGUGGGAAAAAUUCCAAUGAAAAAAAUUGAUGAUACUGAUGAAAAUACCUUGGCUGACAUGGAUUCCCCAAUGUUAGCCGCAAUUGUUGGGCUUUGUCCAGAUAUGUGCCCAGAACCUGAAAGGGCAGAGCGUGAGAGAAAAGGAGAUCUCGAUAGGUAUGAGAGAUUAGAUGGAGACAGAAACCUAACUACUGAGCUUCUCGCUGUUAAAAAGUAUAAUAGGACGGCUGAGAGAGAUGCAGACUUGAUAAGACCUCUGCCAGUUCUACAGAAGACAAUGGAUUACCUUCUUAGUUUGCUGGAUCACACGUAUGAUGACAGUUUCUUGGGGUUAUACAACUUCUUGUGGGACAGGAUGCGAGCGAUAAGAAUGGAUCUUAGAAUGCAACAUUUCUUCAAUCAAGAGGCUAUUUCUAUGCUUGAGCAAAUGAUAAGACUCCACAUUAUUGCAAUGCAUGAAUUAUGUGAGUACAACAAAGGGGAAGGUUUCUCGGAGGGUUUUGAUGCACACCUCAACAUUGAGCAGAUGAAUAAAACAUCAGUUGAGCUAUUUCAAAUGUAUGAUGACCAUAGGAGAAAGGGUGUUUUCUUCUCAACAGAAAAGGAAUUUCGGGGUUAUUAUGCACUGCUCAAGUUAGACAAGCAUCCUGGUUACAAGGUCGAACCUGCUGAGUUAUCUCUGGAUCUUGCUAAGAUGUCUCGUGAAAUCAGAGGCAGUCCAGAGAUCUUGUUUGCAAGAGAAGUUGCGAGAGCUUGCAGAAUGGGGAAUUUUAUAGCCUUCUUUCGUCUUGCAAGGAAAGCAACAUAUUUGCAGGCCUGUUUGAUGCAUGCUCACUUUGCAAAGCUAAGAAGGCAAGCGCUUGCUUCAUUGCACAGUGGUCUCCAGAGUGGACAAGGCAUCCCUAUUUCACAAGUUGUUGAGUGGCUUGCUAUGGAGGACGAGGACAUCGAAAGUCUCUUAGAGUACCAUGGUUUUGGAUUGAGGCAGUAUGAAGAGCUGUACCUAGUAAAAGAAGGACCUUUCCUUAACAGUGAAAGCGAUUUCCCAUCUGGCUGUUCUCAGCUUGUGCAUUUAAAGAAAUCUCAGAGAGUCAUUGUUGAUGUUUCUUCCGGGCCAGUUUGUGCUCCUAUAAGCAAAAAAAACACUUCAGUUUCAUAUCCUAGUCAACUUGCUAGUGGUAAAAGAGAUCUAUUUCCAUCACAGCAUGCUCCUGUGGUUCCACAUGAUGGCAAAAGGGAUCUCUUUUCAUUGUUUUCUGGGCCUGUUUCAACCACUCCUGGCAGACAUAUUAGCUCGCCAUUUCCUGAUCCCUUUUCCCCAAAAGCUGCCAAUAAAUUAUUCAGUCCAAAACGUCCAAGUCCUCUUGUCCCAAAUGCUGAUAGAGAAGAAAAUGUUUCAACCUUUCCUACUGUUGCUUCUCCACGUAGUAGCAAAAAGGAGAUAUUCUCAAAAACACCAAAAGUAGCAUCGCCAAAAGCUGAAGGCAAGACCAAGUUGGCUGAUGAUCUUACAACUGAAGACCAAGAUAGUGGACUUGCAGGGUCCCCUCAAAAAGUGGACAUCCAAACAGGGAUACUGUGGUCACAAGCUAAUACAGAAAACAUCAAUGCUUUGGCAGAACCAAUUAUUUCACAUUCUCUUACGGAUGGCAUUUCUUUAGAUUAUUACUCCAAUAUGCUUGGAGAGGAAGACAAGUUAGACAUGGAUGAGGGAACUCCACCAGACCAUGAAGUUCUGGUUAUCGAACCUGGAUCACCUAUUGGCUCCCCCUUGUCUGAUCACAAUGAAUAUGAAGAUCAGAAUAUUAGUAACAGCACAGUUAAUGACUGGUUACCAAUUGUUACGUCCCCCAAGAAACAAAUUUCCGAUGAAAAGCUGAAGGCAAUACUGAGGAAAUGGAGGCAACGUGCUGAAGACAAGCGAUUUCAUAGGGAGCAGAAAAAUGUUCUUGCUGUUGCAGCAUUGUGUUCUCUAUCACUUGGCCCGCCAGUUCAUAAUACUACAAUGGUUCCUAAGCUUGCUGUCGAAGAGCUUGACAUUGGGCAUGCAUUUAAAGAAAGACAAGUGAGACAACAAAGAUCUUGGUCACGGCUCAAUGUUUCUGAGCUGUCUGGUCCCAUUUUACUUGAAACUAACCCUGAUGCUAGAUGCUUCUGCUGGAAAUUACUUGUACUUGUCCCACCAGGUGCCAUGGAAUCCCAGACCAACAAUCUUGCCUCAAAAUGGUUACUUAGGAAGCUCAUGGGUUCUGGAAAUGGAGAUAGUGGAUUGGUUGUUUCAUCAUCAGGCCUAUCAAUUUGGACAGAGUGGAUCAGCUUUCCGAACACAUGCUGUCUAUCUGUUGUUAGGGCCAGUGAUCAGCAAGUUAUUGGUAAUGAUAUUGCCAAUGGUACAAGCUGUAUAGCAUUUGUAGUGUCUGAAGGCAUUUCAUGGGAAACGCAGAAGGCACGACUUAGCAGUCUGUUAGCCUCCAUACCGGUUCAAUCCCAUCUUCCUCUCCUGAUUUUGAGCGGUGAUACAUAUCAUGAAGGGUAUGACUAUGCUUCACAGUAUAUCAUUGACAGGCUUGGCCUCAGUGGUCUUCAUGGAGAAAAGAUUGCUUCAUCAUUGGUUAUUUUUCUUGUUGAACACAUGGAAGAUUGUGCCAAUGGUUUCUUUGAUGAUGACAAUCUGCGUGAGGGUCUCAAGUGGCUGAUUAGAAGUUUACCAAGACAGCCUGAUGUCACUCUUGUGAAGACCCAUGAGUUGCUUCUGAACUGCUUGCACCCACAACUUGAGCUGCUUAAUACCCAUGUUGCACCUGGAGCUGGCCCUGGGGAUUGCAUUUCAGUAUUCAACAAUGCUGUUGAUCAAGUUGCAGAAGAGAUUUUGGCUGCAGCAUGCACAAACGCUAACCAAUGGCCAGCUCUUGAGAUUGAUCUUCUGGAGAGAACAAGUAAUGAGAGGAGAUAUGCAGAAAUGUUCUUGCCUAGCACAGGAUGGUCAUCACCGUCAAGGAUCCAGCCAUUGCUUGCAGCCAUUAACACUUGCAAGAUUCCAGAGUUCAGGUAUGAUUUAUCUUGGCUAAACCAAGGUUCUCACAUGGGCAAGCAAACCCAAGAUCAGAAGAAGUUCCUUCAGGAGUGCUUGGCGAGAUAUCUGACCGAAUCAACUCGGUUGUUAGAUGAAACUCUGGUGGCCACUGAAGUGAAUAUUAUGGUGCAGAAAUAUGUUGGGCUUGAGCUCCGGGACUCGUACUACUAUCUUGUUCCAAGAUGGGUGGCUAUCUUCCGGCGUAUUUACAACUGGAGGCUAGCAAAGCUUUCUACCGGAGAGUUCUCGGAAGCUUAUGUCCUGAGCCAGCACCUCUAUCGGGCUCCUCCUGCAGCAGCUAACUCUAAUGGUGCCACAGCCACACAAGAGCUCACUGCUAGCAGCAGCACCUGCGAUGAGGCAUCCAUUUUGGAGGAUCACAGCAUGAUGCCAGCUGUGUCAACCGGCCUCUCACUAGAUGAAAUCAUCGAGAUCAGUUGUGAUCUUGAUGCUGUCGAUGCGCAACCAGCAAGUGAACAGCCACGACCACCCAUCCAGAUUCAUGAAGAGCCUCAUGCACCAGCAGACACCAACUGCGAGACAAACAUGGUGCAUGGUAUUAGUGAUGAAAUGUACAUACCAAGAAGGAUAGAGUCGGGGGAGCUGGUGCCACUCGAGAGGGACGACAAGCUUGCCCGGCUACUCGAGCAGUGUACCAAGCUGCAGGACAGGAUCGAUGAGACGCUUUCCAUUUACUUUUGAGCCUGUGGAAUGUUGGAAGGGUUACAUUACACCAUUCUUCCACACUUGUAACUUGUAACAUUAGAUUUUGCAAAAAGAAAAAAGAAAGGAAAUCUUAGGAAUUCAUGCCCUUUUUUUGGCAGGAAUGACAUGUCAUGGUCAGCCUAGGUGGCUUUUCUUGGCCGGCUUGACUGAGGUUUCUCCUCGGUUGCAAUAUUGCGGGGUGGUCUUACCCCCCACUGGUUGAGUUUUGUUUUUUUCUUAUAUCAUAAUAUAGCUAUGUAGAAUAUUCUUUCUUGAAUCACAUCAAUCAAAUGCAUCAAGUAACCUCUCUUGCA